CAGUUCCGAGCUGUACAGAUUCAUACAAAUACACAGCAGCAUUGGCUAGACGGAGGCUGCGAUCUGCCAAAACACACGGUGGGGAUAGACACUGAUAAAUAAGAAGGGGAGAAAGAGUCCAGCAUCUCUCGCACACAGCAGAAUCAGCACCAUGAAGACCAGACUAGGCUGCCUGUCCCACAAAUCGGACUCCUACAGCGACUUCUCCGAGUUCCUUCCUCCUGCCCACGAAACCACUGCCAGGUGUCUGAAAGUAUCAACGGAUGAGGUUGUUCGGUGGUCAGAAUCUUUUGAUCAUCUCCUCUCGCACAAAUAUGGGCUGGCUGCCUUCCGGACAUUUCUGAAGACAGAGUUCAGUGAUGAGAAUAUUGAGUUUUGGAUGGCCUGUGAAGAGUACAAGAAAAUCAAAAGCUCAACCAAACUUGUAUCAAAAGCGAACAAGAUCUUUCAGGAGUUCAUUGAUAUUCAGGCACCCAGAGAGGUAAACAUCGACUACCGCACCAGGGAAAGGACCAAGCAGCGCCUGGAGGAUCCGUCCCCCACCAGCCUCAACGAAGUCCAAGCUAAAGUCUACAGCCUCAUGGAGAAAGACUCCUACCCAAGAUUCCUCAGGUCCAAGAUGUACCAGGAUAUCGUCAACAGGACGCAUGCACAAGCCCAGCGGAGGUCUGUUUGACAGAAGCUGAUGAAGACAACAUAAAACUGGACCUACACUGUAAAUCACUCAUUAACCCUUUGACAUCUCUGAAUACUGUGAAUCUGCAAGGAUGGGGCGACAUGCUUGACUAUUUCCUCUGUCUACACCAGCUCCAUGCAUGCAAUCCCUCUAGAGAAGACGUGUCUUGGUGGACUGCACUGUGUGUUACCAAGGAGGAGAUUUAAUGAGGAUAAGCUAAUUGUUUUACCUCCACCUAGUGCUGGGCGAUAUGUUUAAGAAUUUUCACAAUAAAAGAUUAGCAUAUCAUUCAAUAAUGAUAUUUAUAACGAUAUACAUAUUUGAGACAUCAGACAACACACAUAUCAUGACAGCAAAACACUAUUGAAACAAAUAACGUUUAAAAUUCAACUAACUAAAACUACUAGAAUAUUUAUUUUUGACUUGCAGUCAAAUACCAAUAUUGUGUCCCUUUGCCUACAGAUUCUGCAUGGAUACACAGAAUUGGUUUAUAGAGAUUAGACAUAAAAUGAAUGAAAUAACAACUGAGGUGCAAACUGUUUGCACCUUACCAUCAUUUUCAAAGAAGUGCAAUUGGCUAGCUUAAAGGGUAAACUGCAUUGAGCUGUUGGGAUCCACACAGCCAGUGCUUGUAGAACACGGUGUUCUCAGCCAAGUUGAUUUUAUUCCGUCAUUAAGAAAGAAAAGUAUUGGGAUAAAUAUCAUUACAGUUUUAUCGCCCAGCACUGCCUGUACUUACCUUCAGUUCUUUGUGAAAUAGACGCUGUCGUAAGCAGGUGACUACACCUGUUGUGGUAGUUUGUGUGUUUACGACGAACAAUAAAGUGAGUGAACACUUAACAUCUGAAACUGUGCCAAACUAGAUUGCACUUAGAUAUUGAUAUAGCUACAUAAUCCUGUGUAUUGUAAACUCUUGCAGGUAUUCUAUGUGACAUUUAAUGUGGAGUAAACUGAAGGGUUGGGUUAAUUAAUGCUUUCAAUUCAGACUAUACAGGACCAAUAAAUCAUUUCCAGACAGGAUCCUGUAGUAAUUUAUUAUCAUUCAUAUCUAUUCAAUUAGGAUGGAACUAAAUUACUGUAGCAUCACUAAAUGUAAUCACUUUCUUUCGAAUACUGAUUAACAUUUAAUUCAAAAUGACUCAUAACUUGCCUAAAGUUAAGAAGAGCUCACCAAAGUAAUUAAUAUACCUCACCAAAAUGGGAAAUUGCAGUUUAUUACAUAACAAAUUGGCAAGAAUGUAAUUCAGUGACUGCAUAUGUAACAUUGGCUUCCUACUAGUAGUGAAUUGAAAGCGACGGCCCGAUCCCCAUAUAGAAUCUGUUCCAAGUUGAAAAAUGUGUUUCCCAAAUGAUUUUCAGCAUGAUGCAAUACUCAGAAUAACUAUUUAGAUAUUGUACGGUAUGUUAUGAAAAUGACUGCAAAAAAAAAAUAAGUCUACAACGUGUUUGAAAUGUGCUCCCUCAGCAUUUGCACUCCUUUUAAAUAAGCUAAUUGAAAAGAUUUCAGGGGAGACAAAUAUUUUCUUUAUUGCAUGUGUACUGUAAUGGCCGACUUGUUGGAAAUGCAACAAAACCGGCUGAACAACAUAUCACUCUGUAUGGUAUGUUACUGUGUUCCACAUGAAUGUAACCUCCCUCUAUAUUUUGCGAUUGAAAAAUAAAGUUGCAUCUAUA